UUCAGCUGGCCUCCCAGCGACCGGACUUCCGCCAUCUCACCAGCGGUCCUUGGGAUCAUCCACGGCAGUCACCGCCGACUCCCCCCCCCUCGUUGGCCCCUCGGGCCUUUUGUUUUCCUCAAAGCCGCUUUCACAGCUGUGGUCGGCACCCUGAUCUCCUUCAGCGGAUCCACGCCUCCCGACUUUGGCCUCGUUGCGCUGCCUUGCCUCGAUCGCUCACGGUGCCAACAACCCAGCGACGUUCCCUUCCAGCAGCACCUCCAGCCCCAUUUCAUUCCUGCAGACACUUGCUCCAGUUUAUUGGUUCGAGCCUCUACCACGCCGUUCCCAUGAAGCGACAACAGCCCCGAGGUGGGCUCCUUGCGAGCUCGUUCGAUCAGCUCCAGCAUUCUGAAUAUCCCCACUCCCUCAACAUGUACAAGCUUCCUCCACAGCUCGAGCUCACCCUGACCCAGUUCGAACUUUACGCCUUGGAUCGUCUCUACGUCCUCAAGGCCGUCGAAACCGCCCACAUCCGCCAGCAGCGCGAGGAACAGCAGGCUUCCUACAUCGACGAGGUCUGCAAGCAGCAUCUUCCGCUCUCCACAAACAUGGCUGUCAGCAACGUCGGGCUUGCCAACGACGUUUAUCGCAAUAUCAUGGAGGAGCGGCGCAAGGACCACAUCAGUCAUUUCAUCCUCAGGCUAGCUUACUGUCGUACCGAGGACCUGCGUCAGUGGUUUGUUCGCCAAGAAGUACAGCUUUUCAAGCACAGGAUCAAUAAGGAGCACAAGAUCAACUUCCAGCGCUUUGUCGAGACCUCGGGCCUCGACCUCAAGCCCCUCUCGGCGGACGAGCGCGAGGCCGUCGUGAAGUCUCUAGGUCCCGGCACCGAGGAGCUCCGCGCCCAGCUGUCGUCCGCCAGCGCCAAUUUCUUCAUGGUGCCCUUCGAGACUGUGCCGGAUCUCGUCGCCCGUCGCCAGGUGCUGUUGCAUCGCGGCCAAGCCUUCAUUCCUGACACCGAGCAGCGCGUCCUCGUCGUCAACGCCUUCCGCGACGAGCUCACAAAGGCACUCGAGGAGACCGCUCGGAUGCUGCCCAUGAUGGAGGAGGAUAACCGCCUGAUCCCGAUCCUGACUUCACUCGCGCGCCAGCACAUCAACUCAGGAUAUGGCAGCAAGCGCACCCACGCUGACGGCCAGGUGUCGCAUGAGUCUAUCGAUUCUCUUGCCAAGCACUUCCCGCUCUGUAUGCAGAAUCUCCACUAUCACCUGCGCAGCACAAACCACCUCAAGCACGGCGGCCGCAUGCAAUACGGUUUGUUCCUCAAGGGUAUUGGCCUCUCGCUCGAGGAAGCCCUGCUCUUCUGGAGGAGGGCCUUCAACAAGAUCUCGGACGACGCCUUCCAGAAACAGUACGCCUAUAACAUCCGCCACAACUAUGGUGCCGAGGGCAAGCGAACCAAUUACGAUCCCUACUCGUGCAUGAAAAUCAUCACCAGCAACCAGCCUAGCACAGGCGAUCACCACGGCUGCCCCUUCCGCCAUUUCUCGCCAGACAACCUCCGAGCCAACCUCCUGCAGCAGGGCCUCUCCGAGCCUGCCGCCAACGAAGUCCUCAAGAUUGCUAAGGAAGGGCAUUACCAAAUUGCCUGCACUCGCCUCUUUGAGUUCACCCACGGGGCGGCUGCAAAGUCGGGCCGGGCAGGCUCCAGCGAAGAAGCAGGGGCGACUGCCCCAGAGAUCAUUGAAACGAUUGAGCAUCCCAACCAGUGGUUCGACAUGAGCACCGGCGGCAGCAGCGACACCAAUGACGACAAAAAGAGAGUCAAGAAAGAGUUUGGUCGUGCGCAGGCUGUGGAGCGCUGAAGGCCGAGCGACAGCGUAGUCAGCGGUGCGAAUAUAUCAGAUCAAAAGUCCGUUUGUGUGCGCCAUCUAGUUUUGCCCUUACACUUUAUUCAGAAAAAAACGGGACAAUAUAGCCGUUUCCAUGAACAUGUAGUAUGUGCUGUGCUUGCGUCAAGCAAAGCCAC